CAUGUGCUUGGGCUAUGCUGAGACUUGUACCUCGUUUCUUGCAACAGGUUGCCUCGAUCACAAGGCUAUGCAAGUGGACGUUUGUGACGCAGCCUCGGUAGAACGCCUUUUUGACGCCGUGAAGAAGUUCAGCCCAGCGGCCGCCAAUAUUGUGGUCAACUGUGUGGGGCGUUUGAACAUAGACAACCCAACGGUUGUCGAGAUGAGCGAGGACGUCUUCGACUGCUCUAUUCGGGAGAAUCUCAAGGGACCAUUCCUGGUCAGCCGAGCUGCGGCGCGUGCCAUGCUGCAAGCCGGAGUCACCGAUGGAGCAAUUGUUAACGUGUCGAGCCGUGCUGCUAACGAUGCCGUGCCGCGCAUGUCGGUAUACGCUGCCGGCAAGGCCGCGAUCGUGGCCUUCACGCGUUGCAUGGCAACCGAACUGGCUUCGCGGGGCAUCCGCUGCAAUUCCGUGAUGCCCGGACUGACAGAUUCGCCGCCCGUGCUCAGCAUGGACGAUGAAUUGCGCAACGCCCUAUGUGCAAGCGUCCCCCUAGGUCGACCAGCCACGACCCGAGAAAUCGCAGAAGUCGUCGUGUUCCUGUGCUCUCCGGAGAGUUCGUACGUGGUGGGCGCCGCUUGGGUGGUGGCCGGAGGAAAGCAGUAG